AUGUAAAAAUCCUUUCUUCCUGGAGCUUUCCGGACCCAAUUAGAUGUUGUACCCGGUCCGGUUACCCUAGUAACAGGCGUCGCGGUUCGUCAAGGAGGAGAGAAGAGGUGUCCUAUCUUUCCACAGACUCAAGAGGCCUGUUUACCUCAAUCAUGGAGUCGUCCUCAAAGGGUCUGCUCACCCAGGUUACUCAGUUCUGGAACCUCCUAGAUGAUCUGGCUGAAACUAAUCCUGAGAGCUACGAGAAGUUCAUUCAACAGCAGCUGAAAGAAGGGAAACAGCUCUGUGCCACCCCAGAACCACAGCUCUGUCUACAAACCAGGAUCCUGAAACCAAAGGAAAAAGUACUUUUUAUUAAUCUGUGUCAGUGGAAAAGGAUCCCAGCUCCCCAGUCAACCACUCAUCCAGUACCUCUAAGUGUUGGCAGACCAGAAGAUAUGUCUGAGACAUCAGAUGUUUAUACAGUCAUCGAUGUUGCCUACAAUCCUGAUGUUCUCCAGGCAGCAGAAAAGGACCAAGUGAAAAAAGAUCAAUUAAUAAGGAUGACCAUGAAAUGCAUUGAGGAACAAUUCCAGUUCACUCUCUCAUACUCUUACAGUAUCACUAAAUUUAGAAUAAAAGGAAGCAUUCAAAGGAUGAAACAAAAUCUGAUGGGAAUGCAAGCUGACCCCACAGAUUUAAGAGAGAAAAUGAGAAAGGAACUAACGCCUGAACAGAUAAGUAGGACUGUGAGCAAUUCAGAUCACUUUCAGCUUUUAUUGCCAAAAGGUGAAGUUUCAAGUAAAACACGGUGUCUGAUUGAGGAGAUUUCCAGUACAGAGAUCCAGGAUGAUUUAUUGAUUGAGGUCUCUGAGAAGUACAGAUUACAUCUGAAUCUUCCGGAAUCUGUGGAUACUGAAAUGACUACAGCCAAAUUUAUCAAAGAGAAAGCUACCUUAAUCGUCACAAUGCCAUUGGUGUAAGUCAAGAGCAUCAUCUGCUUUGGGUUUUCAGUGAUAAAGGCAUGUGAAUGAUAGGACCUUCAUUAUGGGUGAAGAGGUAGUGGUUUACCUUAAACACUAGUAUUUUCUAAGAGUUCUUUUUGAUGGAAUGAGAUUUUCUCAUCAACUUAAUGUUUAUCUUUUUUAACUUUCUCCUCAAACUUGGCUAGAAGCAGAAACUAUUAAAAACGGUAUUGCCGUGAUAUACUUGUUUUGAAGCUAUUUCUAAUGGUCUUAAAGUAACAAAUUGUCAUUUGGGAAAAUUCUAUGUUUCCAAGUAAAUUGUGAAAAUUCUUGGUUUACUGGUUGAAAUUCUGGUUUACUUGGUUGUCUCUAGCAAAUUUUUGCAUCAGGAAUAAAUCUCAAACUGUAAAUUUUCUAUUACCAAGAGGAACUGAAGCAGUGAAAGUUUCCUCCAGCUAUAAAGUUACAGGGCCAAUGUACUAGUAUGCAAACUUCUGUACUUCUAUAAAACAGUUCUCAUGGGAGGAGUCCAAGCUACCCGUCAGACCUUUUAAUAUCAAAUAUAGACUUGUCUGUGGACUGGAUACCAUGAUGCAGUAACAAUAACAAGAUGUUAUUGUACAGAAGAUGCAAAAUAAAUCUAACCCUAAGAAAAAGGAUGUGACUUUGGGACAAGUGCCUUUCUCCUAUGAAAAUAAUUUUGACAGAAGGAUGUAUUUAUCAACUUAAUCUGUCAGAUGGUUGUUCAAUACAGAAGUAUUAACUUUGAUGUUUAAGCAUCCUUAAUCAUCUUUCCUAGAUACAGUACAGCUUCCUUGUAAUAGUUUCUAGUUCAACAUAAUGUCUUUAAAGUCCUUAUUAAUUUUAAAGCUUUUUAACUUUAGAAACUAGUAUAUAGAAGAGAAGCAAUUGGUAUGUGAUACUUAAAAACAAAUAUAAUUUUCUUAAGCCUGGUCUGGAUUUGAAUUCUCCCAGCAAUAGGAUAAUUUACCAUCUGAAGAUUUUCUAGAACUGUAUGAUGUCCUAAAGUUAACACCCCUAUUAUAGUCUCAUCCCUCAAAAAAACUUGGAAUGCUUUCACCUUACCUUCUCUUCUACAAAAUCACCGUCACUGCUUGGCCUACAAACUCUCAUACCUAACCACAUAGAACUGGUUGAAUCUCUGCUCUGGCACUCUUGGCACUUGGGUGUUACUUUUGUCAGCAGCUAUGUGUUUGUGUACUCAUUAAUAAAAUGCAUAUCAAGAUCUAGCAUUUUUUAGAUUUUAAAUUUACA